GCUUACAAUCUAGUUUCGUUUUCACUAGUAACUGAAGAUGGGUUCGUUGUUCCGGAGCGAAGAAAUGCAAUUGUCUCAGAUGUUUCUGCACACAGACAUAGCCUACAUGUGCAUAUCAGAGUUAGGGGAGUUGGGACUGGUGCAAUUUCGAGAUACCGUCCCAGGUACCAACGCCUUCCAGAGGAAAUUUGUAAAUGAAGUUCGAAGAUGUGAUGAAAUGGAGCGAAAACUAAGAUUCCUGGAGAAGGAGAUCGAAAAAGAUAAAUUUCCCAUAUUGGACACUGGCGAAAAUCCAGAAGCUCCGGCCCCACGUGAAAUUAUCGACUUAGAAAGUAUUUUUGAGAAAUUAGAGAAUGAGCUAAAAGAAGUGAACUCAAGCGCAGAAAAACUAAAGAAGACGUACCUGGAAUUGUCUGAACUGAAGCAGAUUUUGCGCAAAACGCAGACAUUUUUUGACGAAGUAAGUUUUUAUUUUUUCGUACGAGUUAAUGUGUCGCCUUCAAACUGAUUUACAACGUACAUUCGAUAAGUCAGAUGUUGCGUUAUAGUUCGGUGAUGUGUUUUAGUAAAUACGUUAAGUUAUGGUCUAUCAGGCUCGAUGAACAUAAAAUAUCAUGGUUAACAUAAGUGAUGGUGGUAUAGUCCACUCAUAUUCAUACGACUAAGAAUAAUUUCAAGUUUUAUCUAAACAUGGUAUUGUCAGACUAACCUCUAUUUCUUCCCGGCCUGGGGAUUUGAUGAGUUUACGCGUAAUACUCAUAUCAUUUGCUAGUCCUACUUCAUUGUGGGUAACAGAUUGAACUAACCAACUGGUUAUUCAUCACCUAUCGAUUAACUAUAAGCUUUUUUGGCAUUUAUGAUCAUAAGUUUAGUUACUAGGGUAGGCCUGCCCUACUUCCAUUGAUCUAAGUGUUAGUUCUCAUGCAUUUGUCCACACAGUACAGAUAUCUGAAAAUUAGGAAUGUUUAGACUUUCUUUUGAUCCGUAACUCGUUCAUCACAGUUUUUUGAAGUAUAUUGUGGAGAGUUAUCUAUGACUUCACAAGUUGCUUUCCUAACUUAUUGUGCUAGUUUUUAAGUUUUGGAAUGGUUCACCUUUCCGUUUUCCAUUCGUUAUUGGUGACAAACUAUGGUAAUCGGUUUUAUCAGCUUUAUUUCCGAUUAGCUAAUAAGAUAGUCUAUUUAGCACAUUAAAUCAGCUUACAAACAGCUACUUAUAAUGGUAAUGGUAAAUCAGUUUACAAGGGAAGCUGAAUGUUCAUUUUGCCAAAGUAGAAAAAUGUAACAAGUGGUGAAAGUACUAGAAUUUCACACGUUGGCUGCAGAAUCCAACUGCAUUUCAGUUGUCUAAGUAAUCUCUGGUAAUCUAUAGUACACAUUGUUGUGGCUUAUUUCUUUUCAUUCAGUUAACUAAAAUUUAUUAAGUCAGAAAGCCUGACUGCUCAAUGAAGACUUGAUUGGUAUACUUCAAGUUACACAGUUGUCGAUAGCUGUUAUCGGGAUAUAGAUUGGAUUAAAGCAUAUACUGUGUAGUACUGUGAUGAGGCACUCUGGUUGGUUUUUUCCUAACUAACCAAUGCUAGCGGAGACUCGGAGAAGACUCUAGAAUCUUAUGUAAAAAUCUUAAAUAUACUGACGCUUUUCUUGCCGUGAUUCCUACUUCCAUCCAACUUUUUUAUUUGGAGUUUAAUUACGUUCCUGUUCAACCAUGCUCGGAUUUGGGGACUUGUCAAGUAGUGUCUGAGAAUAUUUAGCAAUAAGAGUGGCUGGGUCGAAAUAAGAGAAAUUAUGACGGUAGUUAUGCAGGUUUUGGGUCGAACUCUGUAUAGGACGGUAACGUUGAACUAGUGUUCUUACGCUAUACCUGCCAUGAUGACAAUCUAGCGAUUGCUCGUUUAUAACUGAAGAAAGUAAGCAAUAUCUGUUCAAGGUUGUAAUGGUUAAGAAUAUGUCAGGCCUGAGUUUAGCACAGACUACCAAUUAUGGUUUCAAACUAAAACCGUGUGGUAUCCUUAAUUGUCACAGUUGAUCGCCUUUGCGGCGUUGUUGAGCGUGACUAAAUUGUUACGGUUACCAUUCACACUCAGGCGUAGGCUACCUUAGACAUCGGCAAGUUGUCCGUUGCUCUUUUCCUUGUAUUGCAUGUGGUUAUACCUAAUUGCCUCAGCCGUUGUCUGGUCCUUUUGUCGGUUUGUCCGACUUCGGUGUUGUACUGCUGUGAAUAAAUUAGUGCCAAGAUUUACCGAUUGAACUUCUGACCAUACCUUCCAAUGAUUUGCCCCUUCGUCGACUGAAUCGCGAACAGGCUCUGCACGAUCCUGCAAUGUCAGAAGAAAAUGUUGGACUCCUUGGCGGUGAAGCAAUGGGUGCUGCUGGCACUGCUGGUGGAUUACGACUGGGGUAAGUUACUGCUUUUAUAUUCGCGUUAUGUAUAUUUUGCUUACUAAUCUGUUUGUGAUUUUUAGGCCAACGUAGAAUCUCAUCUAGACUUAAACCCAAUGAAUGAUCCCAAUCAUAAUUAUUCGGAAAGGGAUGUUACAGUUCAUACUAACAGUAACAAACGUCAUGUAGAGUGAGUAUACAAAUCCCGGAAAUCACCUAUCAACUCUGGGAACCUAUUGAAUGUAACUCCCUACUAAUAAUCACAAAUGCUUUGUUGAUUUAUGGUUUGUUUCCUAUAUCUCAUCUAAUCAAUUUCAAUUAACAAUCUUAUAUAUCAACUUACACUCCGUACGUUAAUUUUUGUGUCCGACCUUAGAAAUACCAAUUCAGUAGUUUAAAUACAAACACUGUUGUGAAAACAAGUAUGGUUAUAUGCUUGGUCAAUUUUGUGGACCGAUACGUUAGUGCACCACUGGAGCUGUUUCUUGCUGGGAUUAUCCUUCGUGAACGGUUACCGGCUUUUGAGCGUAUGCUGUGGCGGGUGUGUCGAGGAAAUGUUUUCCUUAAGCAAGCAGAAGUUGAUGACCCAUUAGAAGAUCUAACAACGGGUAUGCCAGUCCACAAAUCCGUAUUCUUGGUAUUCUUUCAGGGUGAUCAGCUUCGAACUCGUGUUAAAAAGAUAUGCGACGGAUUCCAUGCAACGCUAUAUCCUUGCCCAGAUUCACAAGCUGAUCGACGUAAUAUGGCCAUUGAAGUGAUGGGUCAGAUCCAAGAUUUAGAAACAGUGCUAACGCAAACUAGGCAGCAUCGUCAACGUAUUUUAGAAACGGCCGCUAAAAAUUUACGUACCUGGUUUAUAAGGGUUAGGAAAAUCAAGGCUAUCUAUCAUACUUUAAAUUUGUUCAACCUUGAUGUAACUACGAAAUGUAUGGUUGGGGAAUGCUGGUGUGCAGUGAAUGAUGUGGACAAAAUUAAUUUAGCUCUACGUCGUGGUAUGGAACGCAGCAAUAGUACUCUACAGCCGAUUUUAAAUGGAAUAGUAACUACGGAAAAUCCUCCGACAUACCAUCGAACAAAUAAAUUCACCUAUGCUUUUCAAAGCAUCAUUGAUGCUUACGGAGUCGCACGUUAUCGAGAAGUCAAUCCAGCUCUGUUCACAGUUAUCACAUUCCCAUUCCUGUUUGCUGUAAUGUUUGGAGAUGCUGGUCAUGGAUUGCUUAUGUUUCUUUUCGCUUUGUGGAUGGUUGUAUGUGAGCGAAAAUUAAGCGCUAAUAAGUCCGGAGGUGAGAUUUGGAAUAUAUUUUUCAAUGGUCGUUAUAUUAUACUUCUUAUGGGUUUGUUUUCAAUUUAUACUGGAUUGAUAUACAACGACAUAUUCUCUCUAUCUGCCAACAUUUUCGGGUCCUCAUGGUAUCCAACUUAUGAUAAUAGUGCUUUAUCAAAGGAAGUUAGACUCCAGUUAGAACCUCGAACGAGCGUUAAUGUGUCGGACCGAAUGUAUGCUGGAUAUCCUUAUCCUUUUGGUUUAGAUCCUGUAUGGCAGUUAUCUGGUAAUAAAAUCAUGUUGACAAAUUCGAUCAAGAUGAAGAUGUCUGUCGUACUGGGAGUAUUACACAUGCUAUUGGGCAUUAGUUUAGGUGCUUUCAAUUACAGAAAUAAUAAAGAUAACUUAUCGAUUUGGUGCUUACUGCUUCCUCAAAUCCUUUUCCUGUCAUGCAUCUUCCUCUAUUUGGUGAUAUUAAUCUUUUUCAAAUGGGUUGCGUAUACGGCGGAAACGGCAUCCUCUGCACCAAGUCUUCUUAUUGGAUUGAUCAAUAUGAUCCGUUUCAGUUAUUCGGAUGAAAUUCCUCCUUUGUAUUCUGGACAGAAAGCUGUUCAAAGUAUAUUGAUGGUUAUUGCAGUUAUAUGUGUUCCUUGGAUGUUGUUGUCUAAACCCUUAAUUUUGUAUAUGCGUCAUCGUGCCAUCAUGAAGAAUAGACAUUAUGUGGAUCCUGAUGCAAGUGUGCAUGUGGUCAUUGGUGGUGUAACAAAUCCAAAUAUGGAUGAUAGUUUCAUUGGUGAUAAUAAUGGUAUUAUGUACAGUGACAUGUCUCCACUACAUAGAUCUUCAUCUGAAAAACGUUCUAAGGUUUCAUUAAUUAGUCAAACAGAUUCACCAAGUAGUCAUGAUGUUCAUAAGUUUGAUUUCGGAGAUAUAAUGGUUCAUCAAAGCAUUCACACGAUUGAGUUUUGCUUAGGUUGCAUUUCCAACACAGCUUCUUACCUUCGACUAUGGGCUUUGAGUUUAGCACAUGCGCAAUUAUCGGAAGUCCUUUGGAGUAUGGUUAUGAGAAUGGGUUUACGUAUAUCUGGUCUAUAUGGCGGUGUUGUGUUAGCAUUUAUUUUCGCAUUCUGGGCUGUGCUAACCGUUAGUAUUCUUUUGUGCAUGGAAGGAUUAUCUGCUUUUCUCCAUACACUUCGUCUCCACUGGGUGGAAUUUCAAAAUAAAUUCUACAGUGGUGAUGGUUAUCCUUUCGUUCCAUUCUCCUUCGAACAUUCCAGCAGUGUAGUCGACAAUUAAAAUUAGAUUUUAUUAUUUUGCUAUGUUGUGUGUGUUCACUUAAAUUUAUCUUCAUAAAUGUCGUGAUUAUUCUUUUAAACUGCUAUAAUCAUUUCAUCUACUGGACAGUCCAGGUAAUUUAAUACUUAUUACUUAAUUAUUUAACCCUUAAGUCAUCAUCUACUUAACCGAUUUUAUUAUCCUUGAUCAUUAUACAUUGACUGGGUUCGUUUCAUAUUUAUUAAUUUUUAUGUUGUUAGAUCUACUAAUAAAGCUGUUCAAAUCCACUUUCACAUUUUAAGAUAUUGCUUUAUCACUGAGAG